UGGAUCUGCAGAGCGGUUCCCAGAGCCUUUUUGGGGUUCCUGGCGUAAAAGAGAUAUAAAAUGUCUUACAGCGUGACGCUCAACGGACCUGGGCCAUGGGGGUUCCGGCUGCAAGGGGGGAAAGAUUUCAACAUGCCCCUGACCAUCUCCAGGAUUACACCUGGCAGCAAAGCGGCUCAGUCCCAGAUGAACCAGGGGGAUAUGGUGGUGGCCAUUGAUGGCAGCAGCACUGAAGGAAUGACUCACCUAGAAGCCCAGAACAAGAUCAAAUCUGCAAGCUACAACCUGGCUCUUACUCUUCAAAAAUCAAAGCGCCCGAUUCCGAUUCCAACCACCAGCCCAAGAAUUGACUCUCCCAUGCCUGUGAUCCCUCAUCAAAAGGUCAUAGCCAACACUGUUGCCAACACGGAGUACGUGGAGCGUUUCAAUCCCAACGUCCUGAAGGAUUCUGCUCUGUCUACGCACAAACCCAUUGAGGUGAAAGGGCCGGGGGGCAAGGCCACCAUCAUUCACGCCCAGUAUAACACCCCAAUCAGCAUGUAUUCUCAAGAUGCUAUCAUGGAUGCCAUUGCGGGCCAGGCCCAGGCCCAGGGCGGUGAACUUGCUGGUGAAUCUCCAUUGGCUAGCCUCCCAGUUAAAGAUCCUCAUGUAGACAGUGCCUCUCCAGUAUAUCAGGCUGUACUUAAAACUCAGCACAAAUCUGAAGAUGAGCUUGAUGAUUGGAGUCGCCGUUCUUCUAACCUCCAGUCCAGGUCCUUCCGCAUCCUGGCUCAGAUGACAGGAACGGAGUACAUGCAAGAUCCAGACGAAGACGCCCUGAGGAGAUCAAGGGAAAGGUUUGAAACGGAACGUAACAGCCCACGUUUCGCCAAAUUGCGCAACUGGCACCACGGCCUCUCGGCGCAAAUCCUUAAUGUCACAAGUUAAAAGUCCUGUGCGCAGUAAACAAAGGGGCAAGACACACGUACUCUGAAGGAUAAGCUGUUGUCCUGAGUUAGCACCUAGGAGCAUCCCAUAUUUUGAAAUGCUGAAGGAGUAACACUGGUUUUCUCCCCCUUCCCACAAGUGCUUGUCUUUUUUU